CUGCCUGCCUGGCCCGAAGCAGCGAAAGCAAAAGGGUGACUUGGCAGAGGCAGAGGCGAGACGCUCGGGAGGAGUUGGACGGGUGACUCCCUUCCCAGGAAUCCAGCAGGCGAGGGAUCAGGCGGGGGGAGCUUGGCGGCGGCGCUGCCCCCCUCCAGCGGCUGAUCCACCACCCACCCGGGGGGCUGCCGGCUGGCUCCCCAGGAAAGGAACAUGGCACCCCACUAGCUCUCUGGAGGGUCCCGGGGGCAUCGCAUGGCUUCUCGCAGGGUGCCACCUGGGAAAUCAGCGCCCCUCCCGGAGGGGGUCGGAGUUGGAAACCAGCCCACGAUGCUCGGAGUGGGGGGCCGCUGCCCGGUUCUUCCAAUCAGCUGAAAACCUGUUUUGCUGGAAGUGGGGAGUCUUCUGGUGGCCUCCUGAGCUGGACAGUCCAAAGAGAGGUUGGGUUUGCAAAGAUGGGGGGCUGAGGCAGCUGCCCCCCCAUCUACCUGGCACUUAGAAGCAACCUCCUCAAGAGCUGAAGGAACCCAGGCAGGUUGAAUCAGUGGCUCACCCCGCCGGCCGCUGCAGGCGUCCUGGAACAUGGCAGGGGAGUUUCCUGUGGACCUGCGGACCUGGCGGAAAGACGAGGGCCAAGACAAGCGCCCCCCCUCCAAGGGAGACCCGCCUUUGACUCCCUCUGGCAAGCAGAUGCCUGGCAUUUCCUCAGGCGCCCCGGGGCUGCUGGGACCCAUGGACAAGGAUGCGUCUCCUCUCUGUCAACCUGAUCCCCGGCCAAGACCACAAGGUGCAGCGUCACCCAAGAGUGGGCUGCAGGAAGAGAAGAAGCUGGAGAUGUAUUUGCCUCUGCGAAAGCGCCGCUAUGCCGUGGAGGGGACAAACGGGGACACGCAGGGGCCGCUGGCUGGCAAGGUCCCCAAGACGGAGAGUGGCAAGCAGGGAAGUGGGUCACGGCAACCCCACUGCAAUGGCUAUCACUCUCCUUAUAUCUCAGUGACCUAUCCCAGGGUGCCGGUGGCGUAUUAUCCAGGUCUGGCCAACCCUUUUCUGAGCCCAGAGCUCCCUCCGCUUUUGCAACCCUUGACUGCACCAUCCCUGCUGGGAAUCCUGCCUUCUUACUCCUUACUCCCCCCUGCAGAAGCCCAGCUCGCUUUGGACAUUGCCACAGCCACACAGCAAGAUGAGGAUGGAGACACGCCCCUUCACAUCGCUGUAGCUCAGGGGAAUCUUCUGGCUGUUCAGCAUUUAGUGGUGCUCUUCCAACAUGGACAACGAGACCUGGAUAUCUUCAACAACCUACGGCAGACCCCUUUACACUUGGCGGUAAUCACAGCUCAGCCAGCCUUGGUGAAACUACUGCUAUCCCACAGAGCAUCACCCAUGGUGCUGGACCGGAACGGACAAACAGCGCUACAUCUGGCUUGUGAGCAUGGCAGCCUCUGUUGCCUGCAGGAGUUGCUGGAUGGAAGCCCCACCCCGCUGGAUCUUGAAGCCCGGAAUUUCGAGGGUUUUACCCCGUUGCAUCUAGCCGUUGGAACUUCUAGCCGCGACAUCGUUCUUGCUCUGCUGGAUCACGGGGCAGAUGUAGAUGCUGUGGACAUAAAGAGUGGCCGAUCUCCGCUACUUCAUGCUGUGGAGAACAAUAAUUUGGAUAUGGUGGAGUUGCUACUACAGCAUGGUGCCAACGUAAACGCUCAAUCCUACGGGGGCAAUACAGCGCUCCACGCAGCUAGUGGAAGGGGUCUCCUGGACAUGCUGCGGCUUCUGGUGCGGAACGGGGCGGAUGGCAGCCUGAAGAACUACCACAAUGACACUGCCUUGAUGGUAGCAAAGAAUAAGAGGGCGAUUGACAUCUUGAGAGGAAAAGCUGUUCGGCCUGUUGCACAACCCGAAAACAGCCCUGAUGGAUCAUCUCCCACAAUCAGUGCUGCUAGCUCCCCUGGCAUUCGGACCCAUACCCACUUGCUGCAUGCUUCCCCUGAAUCCUGCCCCGCCAUUCCCAGCCCUGAUCAGAUCCCAAAGGCCCAUAGGGCAGGGCAAUCUCCCAACUCAGCCAGUCUGAGACCAGAAAGCAUUAUCUCGACUAAUGGACCUUCAGCAUCUGCCCCACUGCCUGGAGUAGACUUGGAGAGGAGCUCAAAUUCAUCCACCCUAGAGCAGCCAAUGGGAUUUCCAAGGACCUCCAAGGUCCUCCUGCGAGAAAACAUGACUGAUCCUGCCUUCCACACUGCUCUGUAUCCUUUCGCUCCUUCCAGCCAUCCCCUCUCGUCCCAUCAUCUCCAGCUGCUUCCAGUUGGCCUGAACCACCCUGUCAUGUCCCUGCCCUCAGGGCCCCUGGCCAGUCGGAUUCCCCUGAGGUGCGCAGGGAUGGACCAAUCACAGAUGCUGCUGGAGUCCGAAGGUCCAGCAGUCCUUGGCUGCGAAGGGCAGUGGCUCGGUAGCGGUGACAGUGUGCCUGGUGGCAGCUGACAAGAGGAAGGGAGGAGACAUUCAGCUGCUUUCUGGAACAGGAAGAUUUCCCAAGGACCAUUUCACAAGGCAGCAGAAUGAGGCGGAGUGUCGAGGGCUUUGGGCUUUGUGACUGUGGAUUUCCAGCCUGAAAUGUGUACAUGUUUGCUGUGGACUUUUCAAAUUGACAUGUAGCAUAACGCAGCAAGCCUGAGAUGACACUGCAAACUUUGUCGAAGCCAACACUGGUCUGCUUGAUCCACCAACCGCUCCCUCCCUCCCUGCCAAUCUCUUUGAAUGUACCUCACACCGCUGCCGUAGCAGAUCCUGGGUCGGACCAUUUUUGGGGGUGAGCGUUCAAGGGUCAUAUUUUAGGACAAGGAGAGCAGCUGUGAAAUGCAAAAUCCGAAGCCGACCUGCUGCUUUCGUGUUGUAGCAAAGCAGGGCUGCACACUCCUCUCAGCUGAGGGCCAUACUUGACUUUCGAUGACAUGCAGGAGGUAUCCUUUUCGUGGAGUAAAAAUAAAUGUUGAUUGAAUGUGUUCUUUGUAUUUAACAGGCAUUAAAUUAAUUGAAUGCAGUUAGCACAGUUACUCCACGUGUAUU